ACGAGAAGGCCGUUUAAUCUCAAAUACACCUAUAUAUCUUCCUUAUAUGGAGAUUGAUCAUCUCAAUACACUUCAUCUCGAUACUUUGUCACCCUGAAACCCGACCCAAUAUAAAAUAUUAGUUAGAUUGGAUCAAUUAGUGUAGCAUUUUACUCGAGUCAUCGUCGGCCUAUUCUUGAAGGACAAGAAAUCAUUCCCAAUUUUUCAAUCAUUCGUCCUUCCAAAACCCUAUAAUUCGAUUUCAUAUAUUUGUCUAGAUUUUUUCAUCCUCGUAAACCUCGCUCACCGAUCAAUGUAGAUCAAGAAACUCAAAGCAGGAAAGAUUGGGUCAUCCAUACGCAUGAUAAAUACUUCUUCAAUAUAAAUUCAGCUUAUUAAAGUAAAGAUGGUGAAGCUGACGAUGAUUGCUCGUGUCACUGAUGGCCUUCCUCUAGCGGAAGGACUUGACGAUGGCCGUGAUAUGCAGGAUGCGGAGUUCUAUAAACAACAAGUUAAGGCUUUGUUCAAGAACCUUUCAAGAGGUCAAAAUGAAGCGUCCCGGAUGUCUGUUGAAACUGGCCCAUACAUCUUCCACUAUAUCAUUGAAGGGCGGGUAUGUUAUUUGACAAUGUGUGACCGUGCUUAUCCGAAGAAGCUUGCCUUCCAAUACCUUGAAGAUCUUAAGAAUGAAUUUGAGCGUGGUUAUGCGAGUCAAAUCGAAACUGCAGCAAGACCUUAUGCCUUUAUAAAAUUCGACACAUUUAUACAAAGGACUAAGAAAUUGUACCAGGACACGAGGACUCAAAGGAAUAUUGCCAAGUUGAAUGAUGAACUUUAUGAAGUACACCAAAUAAUGACUCGUAAUGUGCAGGAAGUUCUUGGUGUUGGUGAAAAGUUGGACCAGGUGAGUCAAAUGUCAAGCCGUUUAACCUCAGAAUCUCGCAUCUACGCUGACAAAGCAAGAGAUCUAAAUCGGCAGGCCUUGAUCCGGAAAUGGGCUCCUGUUGCAAUUGUCCUUGGAGUAGUUAUCCUACUCUUCUGGGCCAGAAAGAAGAUAUGGUGAUGAUUGCUUCUUUUGUCUGAGAAACCAUGAUUAAAUUAAUUGUUGUUAUUUAAGAAAGAAUUAUUCAAGGUUAGAUAUUAGUUGGAAGGCAAGUGUAUUAGGUAAGUAAAAGAAACCUUUGUGUGGGAAAUAUUGACAGAGAGAAUUUGUUGUGGAAUUUAUACAGAAAUUUGUUUUGGUGGUGUUACUACUUUAAUUAAAUGAUGGUUUGGACUUGA